UCUGAAGUAAACAUGUGAGUCGAGAGAAAAGGCGUCAUCGUCUCCUAGCAGCGAGUUUUACAGGGUUACCAGGACGUCAGAAGCGUCCCAUCUAAAUAGGCAAAUGGGGCUUUUUGACAAGCUUGCAGGGUGGCUGGGCCUGAAGAAGAAGGAAGUGAACUUGCUAUGUUUAGGUCUGGACAACAGUGGAAAAACUACCAUCAUCAACCAGCUAAAGCCAUCCAAUGCUCAGGCUCAAGACAUUGUCCCAACUAUAGGUUUCAGCAUAGAAAAGUUUAAGACCUCAAGUCUUUCUUUCACAGUGUUUGACAUGUCAGGGCAGGGCAGAUACAGAAAUCUGUGGGAGCACUAUUACAAGGAGGGUCAGGCCAUCAUAUUUGUGAUUGACAGUGGUGAUAAACUUAGAAUGGUGGUGGCAAAAGAAGAAUUGGAUACCCUUUUGAAUCACCCAGAUAUUAAGCACAGGAGGAUACCUAUACUCUUUUUCGCAAACAAGAUGGACCUCAGGGAUGCACUGUCGGCAGUAAAGGUCUCCCAGCUCUUGUGUCUGGAAAACAUUAAGGACAAACCAUGGCACAUCUGUGCAAGUGAUGCAGUGAAAGGCGAAGGUCUUCAGGAGGGUGUAGACUGGCUGCAAGAUCAAAUCAGAGGGAUGAAAACAUAAAACCCUCCUGAGAUAUAAAAACAGUCAAGGUCACCAGCUGCAAUGGCGGAGCCAGACAAAAAAAGAUCUUCACCUUUUGUGCUGAUGUUAAAAUCAAUUAGGUUGGUAGUGUUAAAACUGAUUUGGCUUUGAUUAUAGCCCUGUCUCACUAGGUAUAUAAACAUCUCAUUUGAUCUGAUCACAAGUGGUCAGGCAGAACUUUGAUUUUUAAACAUUAUUCCGACGUAUAAAAAAAUUGUCUAUAUACAUUUCUGACUACCUUCAGAUAAGUAAGAUCAGAAACAUUUCACCCAUUCUGUUCACCUUAGCUAUUUUGCUUAUAUCAGGUGUAAAUUUGUCUGUGACGAUGCAUCUAGUAUUUGAUCAUUCCAUCUUCUGUCUUGAUGAAUACAUACACUACACUUCUCUCUAGAUGAAUUACACUACACUUCUUGGCUGCCAAUGCUGUAAAGUUAUUCUGUUGAGAAACUCACUGUAACAGGUUUCUCAGACAGCAGAGCCCAGUGGCUAAUAUUUUAUAUCUUAUAAAAUAUAUCUAUGUUUUUGAAUAGAUAGAAAACCUUCCCAAGCAGUGUUUAUUCCAUUGCUUCGAAAUGUAAAAUUGGUCAAAGCUUGUUACUAUAGUAAUGUACCGUAGUGCUGUUUAUUCAGAAUUAUACUAUGAUAUAUUUUUUCCAUGCAUUCUAUGCAUGUUGUCAGAAAGGAAAUGUUUAUUUGUUUAGGUUUUAAAAACAUAUGUAAAGGAAUUGUUGCUUCAUUUUUAUCUUGUGUUUUGUCUAUACAAAGUACAUUUUCACAUUAACUUAUUUUCUAAACAAAGCAUUUCACUGAUUUUUAGCAUUUUUUUUUUCUUUCUUGCUGUUUUAUUCAUAAAUAUGUGAUGUUGUAAUAGAAUGUUUAACGAAUAAACAAUAUCUCGGGCUUAGUCUGUGUAUGAAGGCUAUCUCUAUACAGUA